UCCCCCUGUUGUUUCCAUCUGGCCCCCCUGGUUUUAGUCCCAAGGAGUGUGACCUCCAUAUUUUCCAGGGUAGGGGAGUGGCCGACUUGGCUUCCCCUUUCGACCCUUUAGCGAUGCCCUUGCCCCAUUUCACCAUAGCAGCACCUCCACCAGCACCGCCGCCCGCGACCUCGACCAAGACCUCGUCCAAGACCCCGACCUCGUCCAACAACCCUGGGUCUGCGUCAGCCCCCGACAUCUCCUCUGCCCGAACGCCGCCCGCGACCGUCACCACUUUUGCUGCCUCUGCCUCGUACACGUCGCCGUCGCCGCGAACACGGCUGCCGGACCGGGACUUUGUCAGCCCCGGUUUACGGAACCCCUAUCCCCAGGGGCAGAACCCCGACCGACAACAACACUCGGAGCGCUUUGGUACUGUGACUGUGCCCACUGCCGCCGAACAUAAUCAAUCGACCUUCAGUCUUCCACCGUCGACCGACUCGCGACCGUCCCAAGACAUUUUAGAAUCCUUCAAUGAGCCGCAACUCCACGGCCCAACAUCACCAGGCUCGAACAAAGGCCUAAAACCUCCGUCGCACAAGCGAGGUCGUUCGCGAUCUGGGAGCUCGAGUAGCAUAGGCGAUCGUCUUAGGAACCUCAAUCGCUGGUCUGUCUCGUCCGCGUCAAGUAAAGGCUCAAACGGUGGUGUUUCCAGUUGGCGCAUUGGGAGGGAUAGUGGGAAAGAGAGGGAAGACUCACCUGGUCAAAAGUCACACAAACGCCGACCCUCGACGUCAGAAAUCUCUCCGCGCUCUGUCAGCCACCUCCGAGGCCGCAGUGAUUCACCCCUGCUUCAUCCGGUCCCGCCCUUACCUAGCCUGCCGCGCAUUUCGGCCGGGCCUUCGUUGGAAGAGGAAUUUCGGCACCAGGCCAGUGAAAUUGGGAGGCAAUCACCGGUACCACCCAGGCGGUAUUAUCUUAGGCCGCCUCCUGACGACAACACCACGUUCUGGGAUGGUGCUCCGCAGAUACUACAAGACACACCAGGAUCGUUGUCACGGUCACACCAAGCAGCGGGGUUGCUACCUCCUGCAGAACUCGCGCCGGACCACAUGAUGCCCCCAUACACACAAAACGGCGACCCCCGAGGGCAAUCGCGAGGGAGGUCGCAUGGCGCAAAGCCAAGUACCGACUCGACUGCGUCAAACCGAAACCGAGAUCGCGAUCGCGAUCGCCAUCGCUCCAACAAAAAGGCAAUGCUUUCCGAGGCACUGUCAAAGGCAAACGCCGCAGUACAACUCGACAAUGGGCAAGACUUUGAGGCCGCUAGGAGGGCCUACAUGGAAGCUUGCCACCUAUUACAGGAGGUAUUGCAGCGAACUUCGGCAGAGGAGGAUCGCAGGAAACUAGAAGCUAUUCAUCAAACAUACGUGGGGAGAAUUGACGAACUUAACGAGAUCCUCGGUGACAGUCUGGAUGAGAAGGCACUUCCAGAGGAGCCCGGAAGCUAUGAUGAAGGGGGAUACCUGCGUGCUCAGGCUUACAAUGCAGAAGUGUCUGACGACGAGCCAAUGCUCUCGACCUACACUCGGGAACGUAGCCGUACUCGGGAGCCUAACCUGUCUGUCCAGACUCAGUUCAGGCGACAACCACCCUCGGGUAGACCGCCAGCACCACCCACGUUAACUCUCCAGACACCAGGGGGUUCCAAUGGUCCUACUUCCUACCUUAGCGAGCAAUACUCGCUGCAGUCUUCGUUUUCUAGGGCGCGAUAUGAGAAGGCCUCGAACCUUCGGUCACCGAUGGAUAAUGCUUACAUGCCACCGCCACUAUUGCCUCGGAGACCUUUAUCACCCGCUCAGCCACCACCACCUCCACCGGCGCCCGAGAAGGAUGCCCCUUGCCAACAAGUGUUCCGAUCUGACUAUUCCAUGUCUGGCGCUCAGGCUGCUCCGAGGAAUUACAACACUAAUGGUGGACAUCAGAGGGAUCCCAGCCACGAGUCGAUAUCAUGGCUUGAUCCUAUCGAGGAAUCCGGUGGAUCUAGCGCGUCUUCGGUACACUCGCGAUCCUCAUCGACAGGAAUACGAAGGAAGCAUAUCCGGGCCGCCAGUGGGGAUACGGAAGCCGAGUUUGAUGCUGCGUUGGACGAUGCUAUAGAAGCUGCGUACGACGAGGGAUUUGAGCCGGAGCCCCAGUAUUACAGAGAUGGGUCUGAUACUGUCACGGGAAGCUCAUACCGAAGAGACCGGGUACGGGAUGAGGGAAGGGAUGCGCUCGAGUUGGCGAACGAAAGGGAGAGGAAACUACGGCUACAACAACAGUUGGAGGAUGAGGAGUACCGAAAGAGAGGUUGGACAGGGCACGAUGACUUCUACGACGAGGGCAAUGACUCGGAGGAGGAGGAACGAUUUCUGGAGGAGAUGACGAAUGGGUACCAGAUCGAGGACUUCGCGUUUGGACGGGGAAACAAGCAGCAACCGGUUCCUCGAGAGUCCGACUCCAGCGGGGGAACGAAUCGCACAUGGCAUAGCUCUACUACAGGGUCCAACCAGAAUACUUCGACGACGAUGCUUACUCCGGUGAGCGAGAGCCCGAGAAAUCCGGAACCCAAGGGGCCGUUACCCCCAUUACCGCCUCCGCCAGCGGGUGCCUUGCCUCAGCUACCUGUAGAUCGACCACCAGGAACUUCGGGAUCAGGGGCUUCGAAUCAGAGCGUAAGACAGCGGCGUCUGUCUGGUCAAAACAUGAAGCAGCUGAAGAUCGAGACCACGAAGCUUGCUCAGCCGGGACCAACCACAGCCGGGCCAGCAUUCCCACCACAACCAGCACGAUCGAACAAUUACAUUGUACAACAAAGACAAGCCUUGUCUGCUGGUCCUCACCGCUCCGCUAAUCCUCUUGCCGCCCGGCGAGUGGUUUCCCCAUCCCUCGGAGAAGGGGGAGCUCCUCCUUUGCCGAUGAGUUACUUGCAGGACGACCAUCGUCUGAAGAAGACCUUCUCUUCAUCAAGCUUGCGGAGUACCAAGUCCCAUCGCAACCUCUCGGUAUCGCAUAUUGAUGAUGUGUCGGAUAUGUCUCCUGGCACGCCAGUGAGCAACCAGUUCGGCAUAAGUGGCUCAACAACCCGCCUGCCAAUGAUUCCAUCCAUGCCGACACCGAUGGCUGGAACGUUCCGAGAAAGGUCGGACACAGCUGUCGGAACAGCGGGCAUGUAUCUGUUUGAUGCCGAGUUCCACUCUCAUGCCAAUGAUCCUGGAUCGCCGGACGCAAUGCUCGCUGAUGCGCCAGCACCGCUCGAGCCUUGCCCGAGCGAUGUUCUGCUCCGACCGUUCUGGCUCAUGCGCUGUCUGUACCAGACCCUCUGCCACCCACGCGGAGGGUACAUCAGCAACAAACUGUUUGUCCCACGGGACGUGUGGAGAGUCAAGGGUGUAAAACUCAAGUACAUCGAGGAGAAGAUCUCGCAGUGUGAUCUGAUGACUGCCGCGCUACAGAAGCUUGCCAGGGUGGACACGUGCGACGCGGACGCCGUGUUGGAGGAGAUGCAAGCUCUCGAAACGGUGAUCGAGUCGGUCGAGAAGUUCCUAGUCAAGAAGCUUGGCGCCAGCGAAGUCGGACCCCACGCCACCUCGUUCAAGGACCCAGUACAUGCGGAGGAUGGGUCCAUGCCACGGUCAGCAAGCGUGAGCGCCAAGACUAGCGCUUUCUCGUGGAGGAGGUUGCGAAGCAAGAACAGCUCGGCGAACCUGGUCAGUCUGGGCAAGGGAAGCAGUAGUGCGGGUGGAACGAGUGGUAGUGUGGCGUCGACACCGAUCGAGGGAACAGGGAAGGAUAUCAUCUGCCCUAGUCUGCCGAUGACGACGCACCCGACGAACCGGCCGAUGAAGAGAGACGUGGGGAACGUGCUGUUCCAGGGGCCUAAUGCGAAUUAUAUGAGCUCGUUGGCGAGAUUGUUUGAUGCGGCUCAGUUGGUUGACCAAAUCGCUCGCCAAGUCGAAGACCCAGGCCUCCGGCACGCCGACAAGACGCAGGUGGGACUCGAGCUCAGCACUAGGCAUGCGGCGGAAUUCUUUGCGCUUUACAUUUGUCGGUUCGUCUUGUCGGACCUCACGCUGAUGCUGGAUAAGUUCCUCAAGAGAGGAAGCGAGUGGGUGCUUGUUUAGGAGGCAGGACCCAAGCAUAAGAGGAGCAGCGGGGAAGGGAGUGUGGAUAUACUCUACUCGUAUCCGUGGGUUUGAUAACAGGGUGGGUGUUGGAGUAUGUAUGGAUGGAAGGACGCCGGGGUGGUACAAUGGGAGGAGAGAGAAACUGGGAGGACAGGGAAGGGCCAGGGAGUGGAAGCUUCGUAUGGGUGGACGGGCGAUGGGAACGGAAUGCGUGGGAUGGGUGGGAUGUGCGA